AUGCGGUUCCUGAACUUCUUUACAGCCAUUUCAUUGACGCCUCUGGCUUUGGCCUUCCCUCUCAACUUGACGCAACCUGGAACGAUUCCAGGAACCACUAGUCACUACACCGAAGUACCGGCCCUCACAGCCCUCGGGUAUCGAGUUAUUGCCCCGGACAUGCUGGGCUACGCAGGGACAGACUCGCCCAGCUCGCUCAUCCACUGGACUCACAAGGAGCUGGCCACGGACCUGGUCAAUCUCGCCGGCCAGAUCGCCCCCGGCGAGCAAGUCAUCCUCGGCGGCCAUGACUGGGGAGCCGGCCUGGUCUACAAGGUCGCCAUGUGGUACCCCGACUUCGUCAAGGCCUUCUUCACCAUCGCCGUCCCCUACAUGCCGCCGUGGCUCGGGCUGUCCACCGACUGGAAGGACCUGUCUGAGCUUGUGGCCGACGGUACUUUCCCCACGCUCGGCUACCAGCUGCAGUGGCGGGACCCGUCCAUCGACCGCAACUUCACGACGCCGUCGCAGAUCAGGAUGAUGUUCAACACCGUCUUCGGCGGGACCACGCCCGAGGGAGCCUAUGGAUACUCCGUCAGCGAGGGAUUCCUCUACGACGUGAUGCCUCUGUUGCAACCGAAUCCCCUUGUAAACUCUUCAGAUAUGGACCUCUACGUCAACAGCAUCGCCAGGCACGGCGUCCGCGGAGGCUUCAACUGGUACCGCACCCGUAGGAUGGACUGGGAGGACGAGCUGCCCCUCGCCGAGGAGGGCACGUUCCGGUUCAGGAUGCCGUCGCUCUUCAUCCCCGCGCUCAGGGACAUCUCCAUGCCGGAGGAGUACUAUAAGGACAUGCCCGGGUACUUUGACUCUUUGGCGAUACGGGCGGUCGACGCAGGGCACUGGGCCCACUGGGAGGGUCGUGAGGAGGUCAACGAGAUCUUGGCUGGCUGGGUCAAAUCUUUGAAUUAG